UUAAUUGGAUUCAAAUCUAAAAUUUUAAUAAAAACACACUUCGAGGAUCUAAACGCUUAAACCAAAACCCAAAACUAACGCAUCCGAUCAAUCCCAUUAUUCUAUAGUUACUUUUCUUAAACACCGAAUUUUGUGUAACAUUUCCCAUCUAUUUGAAGUUACCCGAUUUAAUUUUAUUUUCUAAAACCUUACCCCGUUCUCAAUUCGUGGCCAUGGCUUCCCUCCUCCCAACUCACCCUCUUCUACUUCAUCAUCCUACCGGUUCUGCACUUGCUGCCGUUCCAAGCGGCUGCUUCCGUCAACCAUCCUCCUUCAACCCGGCUCUCUCCUCCAUCCACCGGACUAAGGCGGGCUUUUCAUCCUCACAACAUGAAUUAGCUUCUCCUGCUGAUUUUGAAUUUGAGGCCCCUCUUAAAGUAUUGAAAUAUCCCGACCAAAAACUAAGGAAAAAGAAUAAACGCAUUGCAACCUUUGAUGAUAGUACAAAGAAACUUGUCCAUGAAAUGUUCGAUGUAAUGUACAAAACUGAUGGUAUUGGCCUCUCAGCACCCCAAGUAGGGGUUAACGUUCAACUUAUGGUUUUCAACCCGGUAGGUGAACGUGGUGAAGGAGAAGAAAUAGUUCUUAUAAAUCCAAAAGUCAGAAAAUACUCAAUGAACCGGACACUAUAUAAUGAGGGUUGUCUAUCUUUCCCCGGCAUUAAUGCUGAUGUAAAGCGACCAGAAUCUGUGAAGAUUGAUGCACGUGAUGUCAAUGGUAUGCGGUUUUCAAUCAGUUUGUCUGGCCUUCCAGCACGAAUAUUCCAACAUGAAUUUGACCAUCUCGAGGGAAUCCUUUUCUUUGAGAGAAUGACAGACGAAGUUCUUGAUAGUAUUCGUGCACAGUUACAGGCCCUUGAAAUGAAGUAUGAGGAAAUGACUGGAUUCCCAAGUCCUGAAAAGAUAGAAAGUCGCAGGAGAAGAAAGGUUGCGACUGGCUUUGGGAAAUCAAAACCUUUAAGAUAAAGUCAAUGUUAUACUCAUCAUAUACCAGAAUUCCAAGCUUGAGACUGAAUUCAUUCAGUAAAACCACAGAUUGUCACAAAUGCUGCAUAUGGAUAUGUAUCAUAUAUAGAAGAUAGAUAUGGAUGUAGAAAAUUGAAAGGUCUCAUUCAUCUAUGGGUGGACUAUCUAAUUGCUUCUAUAGGCAUCACUAGUAGUGCAUAGUCAUCAAAGACAUCUCUUAUCAUCAAAGCCACCGUCACGUAUUCAUGUUGUUCUGAAGGGAGGAAUUCUUCAAUGACCAUUCCUCUUGUAUUGUGUUGGUUGGUGUCAAUUAUUUCAUCUCUUUAACUACUGUGUUGUUUAAAAUCUAUGACAUGGAUGGUUUUAGUACUGUUUAAUUAUCAUUCUUUCGGGCUUUCUACAAAUUCAUGUAGAGCUCCUAUGUGAUGAUUUGAGCUGAUAAUAUUUGAACAUUUAGGUGAUACUACAACAUUGAAUAAAACAAUUUAUAUAUUUUCUUCAA